CAGCCCUUUCCUGUGUGCAGAUCCCUCCCAGGUUUUGCCUGCCUCUUCCCUUGCUCCCCAUCCGCCGCCGGCUGGCCUUGACCGGGCAGGCAGAGUCCCCGUGGGUGCGGAGGUGCUGUGGGAGGAGAGGGGACACCCCGGUCGCGAUCAUGGUGUCCACCACGUGGGUUCCUCUGCCCUUCCUGCCCACCCUGCUCUGCUGCUCGGCCGCCAGCCUCCUGCUGCUGGUGCGGUGGCGACGGCGAAGGGGGCUCUGGAAGAAGGUGAAGGAGGCUCGGCAGAGGCACGAUCGGGGCUUGGCACGGAUGGAGAAAGUUGCGCUGGGCUUUCGGAAGCAGCAUCCCUCCGUGGACACGGUCUCCAUCCUCUCUCUACCCUUGCCGGAGCUCACCAGGAAACUCCGCGAUGGCUCUCUCUCUCCGGAGCACGUCUUCUACGCCUACGUGGGCAAGGCCCUCCAAAUCACCAGGGAGACCAACUGCAUCACAGACUACCUGCAGGAAAGCGAGACCCAGCUCCAGCGAGACGCACAGCCAGGGCAGCCAGGUUUGCUCUACGGGGUGCCCGUCAGCAUCAAGGACUCCAUCAACUGCCAGGGCUACGACUCCACGAUAGGGUUUGUAAGUAACAUCAAUAAUCCUGUGGCAGAGGACAGCGUGCUGGUGCAGGUGCUGAAGAGGCAGGGGGCAAUUCCCUUCGUGAAAACCAACGUCCCUCAGUCCCUCAUCAGCUAUGACUGCGAGAACUUAAUCUUUGGCCAGACUUUCAAUCCUGUGCUCUACACCAGAACCCCCGGAGGCUCCUCCGGUGGAGAAGGGGCACUCGUAGCAGCAGGGGGGUCUGUUCUGGGCUUCGGGACAGACCUUGGAGGGAGUCUGCGUUUGCCUGCUGCCUUCUGUGGGAUCUGUGCAUUCAAACCCACCGGGAAAAGACUCAGCAAGAAAGGAGUCACUUCUGGUAUCCCUGGGCAGAAGUCAGUGGUUGCGGCGGUGGGACCAAUGGCAAAAGACGUGGAGAGCCUGGCGCUGAGUAUGCGGGCGCUGCUGUGCGAGGACAUGUUCAGCCUGGACAGCACGGUGCCCCCACUUCCCUUCAAGGAAGAGGUGUAUUCUAGCACGCAACCGCUCCGCAUAGGCUACUAUGAAACUGAUUUCUUCACCAUGCCGAGCCCUGCCAUGAGACGUGCUGUUCGGGAGACAAAGCAGCUUUUGGAGGAUGCUGGUCACACGCUGGUGCCUUUCAAGCUCGAUAACAUCAACCACUUCAUUUUUAACUUAUGCGUCAGAGGACUGUUUGCAGAUGGGGGUGCCUCAUUUUUUAGGAAAUUCGAAGAGGAACUGGACAGAAGCGGCAUGGGGCUGCUCUUGUGGUUGUCAAGGACACCAGACUGGCUAAAAACUCUCCUGUCCUGGAUUACGAAACGCUUCAUGCCCCGAUUGUCAAGUGUUUUAAGAAGCAUGAGAGUAAACACAGUGGAAGACCUCUGGAGUCUUCACCAUGAGAUUGAGGAGUCUCGCUACAAAUUCAUUGCCCAGUGGAAAAAGCUGAAUCUGGAUGUCAUGCUUUGCCCCAUUCUGGGCCCUGCUCUUCCUGUCGGCUACCCUGGGAAGCUUUCAGUGGCAGUCAGUUACACCAUCCUGUAUAACUGCUUGGACUUCCCUGCCGGAGUGGUCCCCGUUACUACCGUGACAGAUGAGGAUGAGGAGGAGCUGAAGGGCUACAAAGGGCACUUCCAGGACUGGUGGGACCGGAUCCUGGCAAAGGGCUUUCGCGGCAGCGUGGGGCUGCCCAUAGCCGUCCAGUGCGUGGCAUUGCCGUGGCAGGAGGAGCUGUGCCUCCGGUUCAUGCGGGAAGUGGAGAAGCUCACCCAGGAGAAGCACAAACUCCUCUGAGGCCCUCAUGCUCACUGAGAGCAGCAUCAGAGCAGCACCCACCAGUGCUAACGGCAGCACAAGCCAUCGUUUCACUAAAUUAACUCACAGGACUCUUUCCCACCCAUGAGGCUGCACUGAUAGCUGUGAUGGUUGCCUACUUUGGGGCACAAGGGGAAACUGAGGCAUGCUCCACAUAGGUGGAGCUUUCUCAAUGAUUGCCCUAAUACAAUCUUUUUCAUUAUUGAAAA